GCGCCCAGCGAGGACAUCUGGAAGAAAUUCGAGCUGCUGCCCCCCCCGCCCCUGUCCCCCAGCCGCCGCUCCGGGCUCUGCUCGCCCUCCUACGUCGCCGUGGCGUCCUUCUCCCCGGGCGGGGGCGACGGCGGCGGCGGCGGCGGCGGCAGCUUCUCCACCGCCGAUCAGCUAGAGAUGGUGACCGAGCUGCUAGGAGGCGACAUGGUGAACCAGAGCUUCAUUUGCGACCCGGACGACGAGAACUUCAUCAAGAACAUCAUCAUCCAGGACUGCAUGUGGAGCGGCUUCUCCGCCGCCGCCAAGCUGGUCUCUGAGAAGCUGGCCUCCUACCAGGCGGCGCGCAGGGACAGCGCCAGCCCGAGUCCCGCCCGCGCGCCAGGCUGCUCCACCUCCAGCCUCUACCUGCAGGACCUGAGCGCCGCCGCGUCCGAGUGUAUCGACCCCUCGGUGGUCUUCCCCUACCCGCUCAACGAGGGCGGCUCGCCCAAGCCCUGCGCCUCGCCCGACUCCUCCGCCUUCUCCCCGUCCUCGGACUCUCUCCUCUCCUCCACGCAGUCCUCCCCGCGGGCCAGCCCCGAGCCCCUGGUGUUCCACGAGGAGACCCCGCCCACCACCAGCAGCGACUCCGAAGAGCAAGAGGAUGAGGAAGAAAUCGAUGUGGUGUCGGUGGAGAAGAGGCAGCUCCCUGCCAAAAGGUCGGAACCUGGGUCACCCCCCGCGGGCCACAGCAGGCCCCCCCACAGCCCUCUGGUCCUCAAGCGGUGCCACGUGUCCACCCACCAGCACAACUACGCCGCGCCCCCAUCCACGAGGAAGGACUGCCCCGCCACCAAGAGGGCCAAGCUGGACAGUGGCAGGGUCCUGAAACAGAUAAGCAACAACCGCAGAUGUGCCAGCCCUCGGUCCUCGGACACGGAGGAGAACGACAAGAGGCGGACGCACAACGUGUUGGAGCGGCAGAGGAGAAACGAGCUGAAACGGAGCUUUUUUGCCCUUCGUGACCAGAUCCCGGAGUUGGAAAACAACGAGAAGGCCCCCAAGGUGGUCAUCCUUAAAAAAGCCACGGCGUACAUCCUGUCUGUCCAAACGGAGGAGCAGAAACUCCUGUCCGAAAAGGACUUGUUGAAGAAGCGGCGAGAACAGUUGAAACACAAACUCGAGCAGCUUCGGAACUCUUGCGCGUGAGGUGUCCUGGGGCCUGGGUCCUCCGCCUCGCGGGGCGGGGCCUCCAGGGAGCAAAGUUCCUUUUGCCAGAACUGCAGCAACACGAACCCCUCCCGAUUGCAUGGUUGGUCACAACCUCACAACCAUGGCUGAGUCUUGGGACUGUAAGAUUUAGCCAUAAACUGCCUCAGAUAGAACUUUAGGCAUAAAAAAAAGAGUUUUUUUUUUUUUUAUGCUUGACAUUUUGUUUUCCUUUAACAGAUUUGUAUUUAAGAAUUGUUUUUUAAAAUCUUAAUGUUGACCAACUUUUCCCUGUGUAAAUAUGGAUAUUAAAUGUAAAUAACUUUAAUAA